AUGGCCGAUAAUGCCCCAAAGCGCCCCGGCGACGCCGUCGACCUCAACGAGGAGGCGAGCCCCCGGGAGAAGAAGAUGCGCGCAUCAAUCAACGACGUCGUGGCCGACCUUCGCUGUCCCAUCACUCUGCAAUUGCCCUUCGACCCCGUCACGGCCCAAGAUGGCAAGAUUUACGAGCGGGGGGCCAUCCUGGAGUGGUUUAGAAAUAAAGAUGGCGAGGCGACCAGCCCGAGCACGGGUAAGGUGAUCGGCACGGAAUUACUGCCUGCCGUCCAGGUCCGCAACACCAUAGAGUCCCUUAUCAAGAGCGGUGCCAUUGAGGGCGAGGUCGCCGAGGCCUGGCAGAAGAAGCUCAAGCAGGAGACGCGCGUGAAGGAAUUGCGCGCGAAGGCGGACGGCGGUGACGGUGACGCUAUGUAUCGGCUCGGCGUGGGGUACGAAUUCGGCAGGAACGGCCUCGCGAAAGACGGCGCACAAGCCCGUGCUUGGUACGAGCGCGGCACGGCGGCCCGCAACGCAAGGUCGAUGGCAAGGAUGGGUGAACGUCAAGUGCUUGGCGUCGAUGGCCCCAAGAAUAUAGCACUCGGGAUCAUGAAUGUAACCGACGCGGCUCAUCUCGGCUCAGACUAUGGCGCGUUUUUACUUGGCAAAUGGAUGUUCUAUGGUCGUCAUGGCCUGCCGAAGGACCCUGCCCGGGCGCGGUUCUGGCUGAAGAAGGUUGUCGAUGGGCCUUUUAGCCUGGGCCGGGGGCCCGGCGAUGCCGCGAGAAUGCUCCGAGAGUUGGACAGCGCUGGGGAUUAG